UUUCCAAGGUUUGUCUGGAGCCUAACAGUGAGACCUUGGCAGUUUCUCUCUAACUCAUUCUGUUCUGUCUGGUCCCAGAAAACCUUGAGCAAAAGCUAGCGUUGGCAAUGAAGAUGGCUGGUAACGUGGCCUUCAUGCCGAGAAAUGAAGGUUUGGUGGAAGAGUUGAAGGAUGACACCCAAGCCAGCUUCAGAGGAAUUGAUACAUAAACACUUGAAGACAGAAGGCUAGCUGCUGCCUGCAGGUCAUGGCUGCAUCAACGAAACUCUUGAUUCCACUACUAGUUUUCUUCAUCAGCAGCAGCAGCACCACCAACAAUGUUUCUGCCAAUUCUACACCAACCAUACUUCAAUCAGCCGCAGGUUGCUCAAAUGGCCAAUGCCAGCUCCGAGAUGGAUGCUCGAACAACAGAGAUUGCGCGGCGGGGCUCUACUGUUUGUCUUGCUCUCUGGCCUUCAAUGGCUCCAGAUGUGUUAGAUCAACCAUAGCAGACCAGUUCAAGCUUCUGAACAAUUCUCUGCCUUUUAACAAGUAUGCAUUCUUGACCACCCACAACUCGUUUGCCAUUAGAGGAGAGCCACCCGGCACUGGAAUCCCUAGGGUUACUACUACAAGUCAGGAGGACUCUGUCACCCAACAGCUAAAUCACGGAGUCAGAGCACUGAUGCUGGAUUUAUAUGACUUCAAGGGUGGAAUCUGGUUGUGCCAUUCAUUCAGGGGGAAAUGUCGUGAUUACACAGCUUUUGUGAGUUCCCCUAUGUAAACCCUUGCUCUAUUCUCCUUAAAUUUCGUUAAAAUCUCAAUUUAAAUCCUACCAUUUUAAUGUCGUAUUCACUUAUUUUGAUUCUGAAUUCACUGUAAAACUCAUGGGACCUAUAAAUCCUACACUAUUCACAAUUUAAAUUCUUAAAAAUUAAAAUCCUUAAAUUUUAGAUUUUCAUAGGAUUUUAACUAUUUUAAAUACCAGAUUGAAUUGAUCGAAUUUGCACAAAUCGAACCAAGUUAAUGAAAUCAGAUCAAAUUUUUUGGUCAAUUUUACUUCUUUAUCCUCUAAAUUAGCUUAGCUAAACCCCUCCUCCCCCCCCUUCCUCCAUCAAAUUCAUCUCGUUAUCUUUCAUUGGCCACCAUCAAUCGUCAUCAACUUAUUAAUCAUCACCGAUUCACCACUUCCGAACAACGAUGGCCAUCGACCCAUGGCCUCCAUUGACUGCUGAUUCUACAUCCAAUGCAAAAUAAUCGAAAGAGAAAAGAACUGCUUAUAGGAGUCGAAAAAACAUGGUUUGGGAAUAUGGAUACAUUUGAGUUCAAUUGUUGUAAUUUGGAUAAUAUUCGUGUCAAUUUGGUACAAUUAUCUCGAAAAGUCAUCAUGAUUGAGUAUUAUUCAGGAUUUGUCUUCUUAACACUAUCCAAAGUGUUUUAAGUCUUAAUUAAUUUUUACAUGGUACUUAAAAUUCUACGAUUUUGCAUUCAAUCCUACUAUUCAUGGUACUUGGAACCAGGAACCUGCAAUGGAGACAUUGAAAGAAAUAGAGGCAUUCAUGUCAUCAAACCCAUCAGAGAUUGUAACUCUGAUCUUAGAAGAUAACGUCAAAACCCCAAAUGGCCUGUCACGAAUUUUCGAGUCCUCUGGCUUGAAAAAAUACUGGUUUCCUCUCUCCAAAAUGCCUCAAGGUGGCAAAGACUGGCCCUCAGUGAAGGACAUGGUUGCCAGUAACCAGAAGUUGAUAGUCUUCACAUCUGAUCGAUCCAAGCAACAAGCUGAAGGAAUAGCUUAUCAAUGGAACUUCAUGGUCGAAACUCAAUAUGGGAGUGGUGGGUUGACGGGAAAUUGCAGAAACAGAAGAGAGUCAGCGCCGUUGGGCGACAAGACCAGAAGUUUGGUACUUGUGAACUAUUUUGGGACAGUACCAGUGGCAGAUGUCUCGUGUCGGUACAAUUCGAGGGGAUUGAUGGAGAUGCUUGGGAAAUGUUAUCUCUCAGCUGGGAAUAGAUGGGCUAACUUUGUUGCGGUUGAUUAUUACAAGAGGAGUAACGGGGGAGGAGUGUUUGAGGCGGUGGAUAAGUUGAAUGGAGAAAUGUUGUGUGGAUGUCACGAUGUUCGUGCUUGCGUGGGUGGGUCGUUGGUGAAAUGCAAAUGAGAUUAUGAUGAAUGUUGCAUAAAGCAUGGACUUAUAGAGCAAUCAGAACAUUGCCGACAAUUGUAUUUUCUUCAUAUUUCGUCUCUUUGUGUCUUCCAUUCUAGAUGAAUACUUGUGACUUCAAUUUUAUAUGAAUAUUUUUAACUUCCAAUUUCUCAUAGUUCAAUUUUAUGUUAAUUUUCCCUUUUUCUAGUAACUCUUGUUAAAGAUAUUCACCAUUGGCAUGAGUGAUUCAAUAGAUAAUUAUCCAGCUC